AUGAGUUCAAGAGAAGAAAUGGCAAGAGCUGUUUUAGAAUAAGAAAGAGAUAUGAUUGGUGCAGCACAAAAAGCUAAAGCAUAUGACAACUCUAUUUUAUUUUUAAAGAGAAAUAUAGCUAAAGGAUAAAUAUCUCUUAAAGAAUUAAAUUCAGUAUAAUAAAAUUAAAAAGCAUACAGACCAUUAGGAAGAGCGUUUAUAUUAAGAAAUAAAGAAGAUAUAUAAACUGAACUAGAAGGGAUAAUUAAGAAUAAUGAAACCGAUAUUAAAGAUUAUGAAAAAAACAGAGCCCAUUUAAUUAAAAAAAGAGAUGAAUUAGAAAAGUUAGUUAAAGAAGGAGUUGAGAAAAUAAAAUAAAUGUAAUAAUGA